AUGGAUACCGCGUCCAUGGGCCCUGAAGCUCUUCGAGAGCUGAUUCAAGGUCCUUCAGAUGUAGAGUGGUCUUACGAGAUGCGGAGACAAUGUCAGGAGAUUCUCCCGCACCUAUUCCUUGGGCCGUUACAGGCCUCCAAAUCCAUAGAAAUCCUCCAGUCCCUUGGGAUCACACAUAUUGUCUGCAUUCGUGACUCCAAAGAGGCGUUUUCGGUCCGGCCAAGAUUCCCUGAAUCGUUCGCUUACCUGGUCCUGGACGUGCAGGACUCAGAGGAGCAGAACCUGAUCAGCUUAUUCCCGGGCGCGAAGAAAUUCAUUGACGAGGCGAUCGCAAACGGCGGCUCAGUCUUGGUUCAUUGUAACGGCGGAAUCAGUCUGUCCCCCUCGUUCGUGGUGAUGUAUGUCAUGCAGUACUACGGGCUGUCUUGGGAGGACGCGUUGCACAUGGUCCAGAACCGACGGUACUGCAUCUCCCCCAACGGAGGUUUCAUGACUCAGAUCAAGGAAUACGAGUCGAUCUACAAGGCCAAGAAUGUUAUUGCCUCCAACCCACCACGGCUCGCUAACACUCGAAGGAAACGCUCAGAAGAGGACGACGAAGACAACAUUCAGCGGGAAGGAGAGCGGACCAAGCGCGCUUUGAUGGACGACGACGACGACGAUGACGAUGACGACGACGCUAUGCAGACGUAG